AUGCCGAGGAUUAGAAACGACCCGAAUCUCAACGUUUGUCCGGACUACGCAUCGGAUGUCUUUGCCAACAUCCGCGCUCAGCUAGUCAAUGAAAACACCACUGAGGCUCAAGCAAUGCAAUUGCUUCGGAACAUCUGGGAGGCAAAUAAUAACGCUAUCAAGGUACUUUGGCAGCAACAAGUAGAUGAGGAUAGGGAACGCCAAGAGCAACGCCAAAGGCUAGACGAAGAUGAACAGGAGAGACUCGACCAAGCAAGGGUCGAAGAGGAAGAAGCAGCGCGCAAGGAGGAGAGAAAAAAGAAUAAGCAUAAAUUCAUUCCGAUACUUCAGACUGGGAUUCCGGACGAACCGGCAAUCACACCAUGCUCUUACGCCCUAAAGAAGCUGGACAAAGGUGAGUACGUUGAACUAUGGUACUUCACUAACGACGGCCUGGACGAGGCCAGCAUAAAGAAGACCAUUGACGACGACACCAUGAUCCUUUCAACUCUGGCAGAUGGCUCUACGGCCUGGGUCUCAUCGGCCUCCACACGCAGCGCUCGCUCGGUGGUCAAUGAUGAGAACUUACCGUUUGAAGAAUUUUGUCAAGCUUGUCCCUGUUUUCUGACCGCGAUCGAAGAGGCGGAAUGGCCAGAGGACAGGGUCCGGAUGAUGGCUCGCUUCUGGAUGAACAUUCAAGUUCACAAGUUUCGUUCACUCAGAGACCCCAUAGCGCAAAAGACGCUCUUAGUAUAUCAAGCGGAGCAACGAAGACGAUGGCACAUCGCAGCGAAGUCCUCUGUUGGACCUUAUGAUCUUUCCGAGGUCAACGAGAAGGUUCUCAAAGACACGAGGGACAGGGUAUAUUGGGACGAGCGCAGUAAGAGAGACAAUGAGCGUGAUUACAAGGUCAGAAUCUAA